AGUCUGACCAUUCAAAUGUACGACCAUCCAACUAGUGUAGUGGACCAAAUUGUGGAAAGACUCAAGACACCCGUUGCAGGUAGAACCGAAACUCUGGAAGUCCUUACCUUUAAAUCUCCCUUAACGGUGUCUCAUUCAGAAACUCCGCCACGAGUGCUGUAUAGGAAAACAACAUCUUUCCCUGUAGUUAGCAAAUCGUCGCUUUCAAAGCCAGGGAAACUUCUAUCGAGAAAACUGAAACUGUCGCCGCCAAGUGACGAUAGUGAUAGUGAAACAGAAAGUGACACAACAGCUUUGCCUAGAAGAAAACUUUGUGUGAAUCUUUGUGAUUCUUUUGGAAUUUCAUCAGAAAACGGAAAUGAAGAAGUUACUUUCGAGGAAGAAGGAGACAAGAACAUUUGGCAGUCAAGUCCAGUAUUAAGCAAAUUGGAACAGCAACUCAAGUUGAAUAGAAUGCAGAUACAAGAAGAAUUUGCUACAGUAUUGAAUCAAACGUUGAAAAGCUCAGAAUUGGAGGAAGAAAAGCUGCCUGGAGGUUGGAAAAGGUUAGUGGAUGCUAUAGAAGAAAGAAAUCGAUUGCAAGCUGCCGAAGAAAGACGUCAGUGGGGUAAUAUUGAAAAGCAAAUUUUCAACUGGAAGGCAGAGCAGCAGAAGCGUGAUGAGGAACGGGUUAAUACGAAAGUGGAGCCAAGAAACAACAGUUCACAGAGUUCACAACCAGUUCAAAUUUCUUCCUUGUCGUUGCACACUGGAGACACUAAAGAUUCGGCUCUUAAGAAGAACACAGAACAUUCUUCGGUAGAGACUAAUGUGCAGUUAUCUGCUUCGAAGGAGUCGGUCGUCUCGAAUGCAGAGUCGAUCCGGAAAUUGUCUGACUCCCACAACGGGAAAAGCAACUCUGUUGUAUUGGCGAAUGUAGCUCAGUCUAGUCCGUACAAGGAACAAGUAGGAAUUGUAGGAGGUAGGAACAUUAUCACCAGUUCGUCUGCAUUGUUAGAAGCAUCCACCUGUUAUCAGUCUCUUGAAGAUUUACGUCAGACAGCAUCUAGCUUUUUGAAAGACGCUUCGACAGCUUCAUAUAGAUUGCAUUUAAAGAAGAGAAUCAAUUUGGCAGCCAACCAGAUUGCAGCCUCACAGAAACAAAUACUAAACAAGGCGUACGAUAUUGUCGACACUCUUCGUAAAGCUGGUCAGUCGAGCAAGGAAUCUCAAGCAUAUUGUUUUCUAUGCGUUAUAGAGAGAUUGGUAGAAGAGGGAGAAAAGCAAGUUGCCUUACAUGGAGAUUCUGCAUUUGCAAUAGCAGCUGUGAUUAUAGCCGUGACUGCAGAAUUUUCGGAGUUGAAGCAAUUGUUUCUUGCACAGUUUCAUAAUGUGUGUAUCUUUACAAUACCAGCAUACGCGAUGCGUUCAAAACAUGAUUCAGUUGAAAAAUACUGGCAGUCGAUGGGUUGGAAAGACGGUGAAACUCUGGAACGGUUCUAUGAAAGGAUGUCUGGAUAUUUAGCUUUACACGCUGCAGUUAUUCAAACAGAAAUUCCUUCAUUAGCGAACAAUUUGUUUGGGAUAGAUUCUGGGUGGACGUGGCUAGCAAGAGUAGUCAACAUGAAACCCAGACGUUUUACAGCAUUUGUAUUAAUAUCUUUUCUAGAAAUAGCAGGCUAUGCUCUCAAUAAGCACUAUGGAAGACAGUUUGAGAAACUACUUCGUCUUAUUCAAGGACAUAUACUGCCCAAUCUACCUUCCAAUGCCCCUCCGGGUCCCACUGCUCGGUUACAAUCAUUUAUCGAAGACUUUUAUAAUAACAAGACCAUCAAAGAACCCCAAGGUCGUCAACUUCCAACUACAGAUGCCGAAAACGAAGACUACUCGAAUGGGUUUUGAUAACUAUCCAUAUUUUGUUUAUUAUAGUGGACAUGUUUCAUUAGGAAUUGUAUAUG